UCGAUAUGUUGGUUGCUAGACAACACCGCCACAGUUGUCACUGAGUUUUAUAUGAAAGAUAACCAAACAAAAUAACGAACUAAUUUCAUACAAUCGAGAAUUUAAUUCAUUAUAAAUAUGGCCCCUACGGUGAAUCCCAAGACGGCCCCUUCCCAAUUAAAAACAAAAAAAGCCGAUAAAGGAAAGACCGAUGAUGCGGAUGCUGACGUGGAGCAAUAUACUAGAACGAAGACUCUUCAAAAGCCAAAAGAUCAAGUGGAGUUGACAGACUCACAAUUAAAAGAAAUUAUUGCAAAAACAUUAACCAGUAUUAACCCUCAAAUCCCUGAGAGCGAAGUAGAAUGGAGCUAUGCCCAAAUGGAGUUUGUACCAGCUCCUACGAUCGGCCAUAUGGUUAUGGUGUUCCGACAAGAAGGCGGCCUUCUAAAGAAAGAUUCCGAAGAAGCUAGACAACAAAUGAUAGAAAUGGGCAUGGAUCCGGCUGAACUAGAUAUGGAAUCUGUGGAAGAAGAGCAAAUAGAGGAAGAAGAAAUGAUCGAAGAGGAAGAAAUGAAGGGGGAAGAAGUUGAAGGCGAAGGUGACGUUGACGAAGAGAAAGCCGAAGGAGAAGAAGACGAAAAACCGCCCGAGGCUGAGAAAGAGGAAGAAGCUGAAGAAGACGUAGAAGGGGAAGAGGUUGUCGUGAAGAAACCUGAAAAGAAGAAAGGCGGUCGACCCAGGAAGCUGACCAAUCUGUUUAAUUUCUGUGAGAGGGCUGCUUUAACUACUACCAAUCCAUCAAGGUCUCAAGAAACACAGACUAUACCACCACCAAUGGCCACCUUUUCAGCAGUCGUAACUACGUCAUUUGUCUAUGAUAGUUACAUGAAGGAUUGGUGUAUACAGGAGGCAGAGAGGGAGCGUGAAAAAAGAGAAAAAAUGGGCUUACCUCCGAAACAGGUUAUUAAAAAAACGCCACAACAAUUGCAUGAAGAAUUGCAAAGUAGAAUUUUCAAAUCUGCAAGAAUCCUGGAACGUAUGAUCAAUCAGAAUACUUAUGUUGAAAUUGCUAAAGACUACAGGUACUGGGACGACCCAUCUGAUGACUACAGAGUCGAAGAGGGCACGGUACUGCCUCUUUGGAAAUUUGAAUACAACAAAACAAAAAAACAUACCGUUUGCGACUUGGAAUGGAAUCCACAUUAUUAUGACCUAUUUGCAGUCUGUUUUGGAUAUUUGGAUUACUCAAAACCAGUCGGCGGAGGAGCACUGUGCUUGUUUACAUUAAAAAAUCCAUCAUUUCCCGAUUACGUUUGCAUGACAGAGUCUGCAGUUAUAUGCGUGGACACUCAUAAAAAAUAUCCUUUCAUGAUAGUUAUAGGAUUAUACGAUGGGAGCGUCAGAGUGUACAAUAUUAAUAUAUCCUGCAAGGAACCAGCCUAUCAAAGUAACAGUGUCGAAAAUAAACAUAGAGGUAUAGUUUGGGAGGUUAAGUGGGCUGAAGAUUUAACGGACGGUGAACUAAACUUCUUUUCCGUGGGCGGUGAUGGCAAAGUGAACAAUUGGGUUCUAAUGCAGGGCGGAUUAGCUGUUACAACGAUCAUAGAAUUGCAUUUAGAUCAAGCACCUGUUGCCGGGCCAGAUGGCACCACGCUGAAAGUAAAAGCCAGUAUUUGUUGCAUUAAACUUCAUCCGGUCAAUCCGGAAAUAUAUCUUAUUGGUACCGAAGAAGGUAGUAUCUACAAGUGCAGCGUUGCCUAUAGCUCCACCUACCUUAUGAAGUACGAAGCGCACCAGAUGCCUGUUUGCCAAAUAGACUACAACAAAUUCAACACGGAUAUUUUCAUUUCGUGCAGCAUGGACUGGCGAAUCAAAAUUUGGGAGGAUAACAGAUUAGAACCCCUUUUCGUUUUCGACAUUGGCGACAGAGUAGGCGAUGUAAAAUGGGCACCUUAUUCGUCCACUGUUUUUGCGUGCGUGACAUCGGAUGGUAAAAUAUACGUCUACGAUUUGAACGUAAACAAGUACAAACCGAUUUGUGUGCAGGCCAUAGUUUCCAAAAAGAAAAACAAAACUACUAAGCUCGCGUUCAAUUACAAUUUACCUAUUGUCGUGAUUGGUGACGACAAAGGUUGUUCGUCGGUAGUAAAACUAUCACCAAAUCUCAGGAUACCUUGCAAGGCGCCGAAGAAGCAACAAGAUUUGGAUCAGAACACUUUGCAGCUCAUGAAGUUGGACAAACUGUUAGCGGUACUUAGAGAACCAUCAACGUUGAUAUUACCGGAAGACACGGCCGAAAAAGAUGACGAUUAAAAAAAAGACACAUUAGAUUUUAAAUUUUUUAUUAACAUUUUAAUAAAAGUUCUAUCUACAAUUGUAUUAAGGGAAAUCCGGGUGACAGUAUUAUAAUCUUUUUAGACUAAGUUAUAAGGAAUAAAUUCAUGUAGACAUUAGAAUUUUUUGUGUAUUCUUGAUCUCUAACAAAAUUUCGUAAUACAAGUUGGAAAAUUAGACGUUUUAGACAGAAACAAGUGUUUUUUACGAGCACAUUUAUACUUUUCCUUUUAAAAAAGAUUUGAUGGCAGAAGUAUCACUGACAGCUGACAGAUUGUUGUUACCGCCAUUUUAUAUCCAAAUCUUAUAAACAAACAUUUUUGGUACUCAUCUAAGUACAAUUAUAUAACAUUGUACCGAAGUUAAAGACUAAUGAUGGAAGUAAUACUGUAAAACGAGCCAUAUUAGAAAUGUGUCUAUUUUAUGAUGCGAAUUCAAGAGGACAGCACGUUAAAAUCAAAAUACUAAAUAUAUAAUUGAAAAUAUAUAUGUAUAUACAACGCUUUUGAUACAAGUUUAUGGCGUCUUACGAUUGUGAAUUAUCAUACAAAACUGAAAAUAAUAAGCGACUCCUUUGAGAAAAAUAUUUUUUUAAAUGACAUUUUUUAAGGCAAUAUAUUAUAAAUAUAAUAGACCGUCAGAUAGUGACCGAUUUAGGUGCCCCAUUUUCGCAUACAAGCCUCGAAGACAGUUGAAAAGUACAUCGAUGUUGAGUAGAAUGAAGGAAAAUUCAGGUGUGGCUCUUGGGGAUAACAAAUGGAAAAUUCGAUU